AUGAAAUUCACUAUCCUUCUGCUUUGCGCUGGGUCUAUCGGCUUCGCCUUACCCAAGGCCCAGUGUAACGAAAAGCUCCCCUUUAUUCCCGCUCCGAAGGGCUCGGGUCGCACAUGUCCGGUGGUUAAUGGCACAAGUUCCGUCUACAGCGAAGACGAAUGCGGCACCAAGAGAUUUUGCAGGGCUAUUGGAGCUUUCGGUCUUAAUUCGACUCUGUUCACUUUCAAUCCCAAGCCCAAAUGGGACACCAUGGAGGCCUGUUUCAAGGACCACAAACGAGAGCCUGAACAGGAACUCCUCCCCUUUGACUUUGGCGACGGAUUUGACUGCGGUAACAACCUCUCCACAACCGAGGACUGUGACGGUACUUUGGAGCACUGCAAGAGUAUCGAUGAGAUAGUCAAGUUUGAAAAAUCAAGAGGGGGGGAUCGAUUCGGCGAAGAUGGUGAACAGAUGACUGAUAUCCGUUGGGUGAGCACUGAUGAGUGUCUCAAGGCUCAUGUACCUGAGCCGAAGGACCUGCCGUUUUUGGAGGGCAACCCGGACAAACCAUGUGGCACUAAUGGAGAUGAGUCCGAGGAAACGUGCGGCACCGAGGCCUUCUGCAACUUGUUCUCUGCAGAUGUCAGGGAUGGAAAGAAGCGCCAAACUUCUGGCUCACCCUACAUUUGGGGCAAACGACAGUGCCUUGAUGCUCACCAGAAGAAGCCGGCGGCUGCGGUCUUCUGA